UCCUAGUUAACCUCAGUUGUUAUGAGUGGCGAUCUAUAGUUUGCGUUCGAGUGUCCGAGACCAACGUCAUGCACGCUCUCAUCUCUUCGUUCCAUUCAGCCCCGCGUUUUCGUUAUGACAGGGUCGGCACGGUAGGACCGAGUGUAACCGUCAACGGUGGGACCUCGUCAACAUCCAAACUUGAUUUCAAUCCCUGCUGGACGUCUCCGGCUAUUGUCACUUCACAAAGUUUUGACAGCCAUUCAGGUAGCGUUCGCGUUACGAGAAGUCGAAGCAAAGAAACCAAAAAAGGGACAUUCAUCACCACUGAAGAGACAGAUGAAUCGCAACGGAUGAUGUCAUCUGCUCUCAAAAGAUUUUCUGUUAAGGAGUUGGAGAACAUCGUCCAAAGCCAGUUGGAAAAAGUGGUUAGUGGGCAUCGUUACAAUACUUGGCUUCGAGAACAAGUGAAUGACGCCGACGCCCAGCUGGUGAAAUAUCAAAAUCGGAUUGACGCUCUUCAAAAGCAUGUAAAUGAUCUGUCUGUAGUUAUUCACAAGCACACAAAAGGGUCAGAAGGACAGGUGGGGCCGCCAAUGAAAUUGACGAGGAACGUAGGUCUUCAAGUGCGUAAUAAACAUCAGCCGGAUAGGAAAGCAGUCUAUGAGGUUGAGGAUGUACAACAAUUGGCAGGUAACACGUCUUCAGGAGAAAAGUCUGGGGCUUCAGUAGAUGUUUCUGUGUCUUCUACAACCACAAGGCAAGUUUGGCCUACACCAACGUCUACAUCAGCCGUCCAAAAAGAUCAACACUGCACUGUAAAGACACUUAAAGUAUGCGGUCAGGUAGAAUCCCAUCAGACCUCGUCGCUUCCAGUAGAAAUUGAUUUAACGGAACUAGAUGAAGAACCUACAAUUGAUCCCUCUCCUAGUUCUAUACUGCCAAUUGAUCAGACUGCUUUUCUUUUGUCAAAGAGGCCGGUAACUCUUUGUAGCCAACCUGAGGGUUCUUCUGUUUUAAUUUCUUCACCCAGUUGUGUCACUCCUCCACCUUUACCCGUAGCACAAGCGGUGGAUUUUACAAUUGACCGAACAUUGCCUUGGGUCACGAGUGAUAAUGUCAGAUUAGAUGGACCUCUAUCGAGCAACGGCACAUCUGUUAACCCAACUGAAAAUUCGUCAAUGGGAAGGUCCCCUUCGCCAAAAAAAUCAUAUCAAUCAGCUGGAUUCAGCCACUCAGCUGGAUCGUCAACUACACCCAUUCACACGGCAACUAAGUUUCCAACAUCACAUGAAAUUGCAGCUUUGAUUUCGCCUACUUCCGUAGAAACGUAUCCACCAGCUGGCUCAUCGUUUCAAAAUGCUGCUGCACCGAAAAAGAACCCACCUCUCGAUUUAUAUUCUCACCCUGAUCGAAAGCGUCGUUUAGCCUGUCGUAUUACAUCUUUCGAUGCUUCGACUAUAGCUUCAGUCGAAAAAUACCACAAACUAAUAAAAAAACACUGGUAUAAUUCAAGAUCGCAUUACGCUAGCGGACUACCCCCUCUUACGCAUCCACUGGCAAUCUACGAAAGACGGAUGCAUCAACUACCCAACUGUCGCGUGAAUUCUAGAGAAAUUGCUCCGUCCGUUGUCGCAAAUGGUGCGAAACCUGCAAAAAAUCAUCGGAUGCCAAUCCUUAAACGAAGACAACAGCAGGCUUUCGAAAAAAGGGUUAAGUCGGUUGGAAUAUACCGAACUUGGAAGCUUCCAUUGGCUGCCGGUUUAGCGCAAAAGGUUCCUUCCACUCAGCAUCCUCCUCCGCUCAAGCCACAAGCGCAGCAAGUACAACAAUGUCCAAAGGAACCAACUAGCAUUCCGCCACCAUUGAUCGAUAUACUUGAAGAUAGUCUUACUAGAAAAACAUGCGUGCCGGAUCUGCGUAAAACUUCUCCGUCGCUAUUGAGACCUGCCCCUAUGCAGCAAGAACUACGCACCUGCGGAAGUUUGGCGUCACCUACGCUCCCUGAUGGCUACCCUGCUCAGCUAAAGUUGGCAAAAUUGGAUAGCGAAAAAAGAAACCUUCCGGAUUUAAUAGCUAUCUCGGAUGAAGGAAUGGCUUUCCAGUCUCAUAAAUUAACUGCGACAAAAGUUUACGAUUUGGAUAAUUUGACAAUGUUUAAACCUAUUUUAAAACUAACGCGGUCUGAAGAAGGAAUCCGAGUCGAAUGGACAAUACCGACGUUGCCUCCUGAUCAACUCGAUCAAAUUGAAUCUUACCUUCUAUACUCUCGGAAAGAAAAUGAAAUUUCUCCAUCAAUGAACACACCCUGGUUUAAAGCAGCUGUCAUCUCAGCUCUUCCUCUACCAAUGUGUUUUAAGCUGACAGAGCUAACUGCAGGCUAUCGGUAUCAUUUUCAAAUCGGUCCUGUUCUUCGAUGGUGCCAAAGCGCCAUUCCAUUCAGUAAUCCAGUUUCCAUCCACGUAUGACGCUGAAUAUUCCAACAGGUGACAAGCAAUGAGAUAGUGCCAUUCAGCAUUGAUAAAAUCAAACAAGGUUUCCAAGAAAUUUCUAGACCUUUGUCACAUGAUUUUAUGCUGUAUGUGUUCCGGGAUAAAUGUGGUUUCACAACUCGAACGCCCCUUUAUGUUAAUCUCGAGGGGGGGAAACCUGUCAGACAAUGGCUAUGUCCGUGUUUGACGUUAUUUUAUUUACCUUAUAGAUAGGAGAAAUACACGAAGCAGAAGCGUGUGGCGACA